GGAGAAUCAGACGACGGAAUCAAGAUGCAACUCAAUCAAGGCCUACAAGUAACCAAAGCUAUGAAGAAAUAUCAAGCAUAGAUAUUCCAAUGCCAACGUCAGCUGCCCCGCUUCUACCAAAUGAGAAUCUUCCAUCACACAGUGACUUAAAUCGGAAUAACCCAGCAACAGUAGACCUACAUGUAACACGGGAUGAAAAUACGGCAUUUCCAUAUCAUGAUAUUGGGAAUCGUCCCCGUGCAAAGACACCAAGACAAAGCAUAGUUGAUUUGCUUGAACCUCCUAUGACACCAGAAGAAGUUAGGGAUCCAUACAAGAAUAGUAGGUUUUUGAAAGUAUUUAAUCCAAAAACUGAUAAGAAAGAAAAUGUGUACAAGAAUGACAAAUUUCACAAAACUUCCUCAACUGAUGCGCCAACUUUUAAUGAAAUAACUGAUAAUACAACAGCACAAGGUCUAAACAAAAAUGUGAAGACUAAUAACCAAACCAAUCCAACUUUGAACGUACCAGAAAUUGACUAUAAAAUAAAUGACAUGGAGAAAAAGGCAAACGACACAGACAUUAAGACAAAUAACAGAGACAUUAAGCCACAAGACAGAGGCAUUAAGGCAAAUGAACCAUAUAUGAUUAUGAAAAAUAAUCAAACAAGUUUCAUUGAGCAUCAGAUCAAAGAUAGUGAUACAAAUGGGUUAAAUAGACAUACAAGCUAUUUAGAGGCUAUAAAUAUUAAAGAUGAUCAUUUUGGCGAUCUAGAAAAUGAUUCUUGCAAAUUAGAGCAUGUUUCAGGAAAAACUGAUCAUGCUUCUGGCAAUCUUGAGAAUGGUUCCAGGAAAACUGAUUAUGUCACUGGCAAUCCAGAGCACGGUUCUUGGAAAAGUGAUUAUGUCACUGGCAAUCCAGAGCAUGGUUCUUGGAAAAGUGAUUAUGUCACUGGCAAUCCAGAGCAUGAUUCUGGGAAAAGUGAUUAUGUCACUGGCAAUCCAGAGCAUGGUUCCCAGAAAACAGAUCAUGCUUCUGGCAAUUUAGUGAAUGGUUCUGGUCGAGUUAAAAAUACAACUGGCAAAAAUAUUGUUGUUGAUAAAUAUGUCAAUAAACAAAAUAAAAAAGCUGAUCAUCCAUACAAAAAUGUCAUAAAUCCUUUUUUGAUGAAUCCCUCGUUUGGGAAAUCAGAUAGUUUACCUCGUAGCAUAUACACAAAGUCAAAACAAGAUGGACAAGAUAAAAAAUCAAAACCACAAGGGGCAAAACCAAAAGUCGCUAAAAAACCAUCACAAGAAAAGCUGGACGAAAUUUCACGUAAAACUCAUCGCUCAGAGAGUGAUCUAGGACCACAAACAAAAAAUGUCAAAAGAUUGCCUAUGCAUAGAAGUCAAUCAGAAAGUUCAUCUGAACCUAAACCAUUAAGUUUAGCACCAUUAGAAGGUGUACCAUCUCAAGAUGCUUUUGUAGAAUGUGUUAAACCACUAACAAGUGUAACUCGGCAAAAAAAUGUGAAACCACCUGUUGCAAGUGUGGCACCAGAAACAAAGGUGAUACCAGUAAAAAGUGUGAAACCACCUGUUGCAAGUGUGGCACCAGAAACAAAGGUGACACCAGUAAAAAGUGUGAAACCACCUGUUGCAAGUGUGGCACCAGAAACAAAGGUGACACCAGUAAAAAGUGUGAAACCACCUGUUGCAAGUGUGGCACCAGAAACAAAGGUGACACCAGUAAAAAGUGUGAAACCACCUGUUGCAAGUGUGGCACCAGUAACAAAGGUGACACCAGUAAAAAGUGUGAAUCCACCUGUUGCAAGUGUGGCACCAGAAACAAAGGUGACACCAGUAGAAAGUGUGAUACCACAAACAGGUGUGGCACAAACAGAAACUGUAACAACUGUUGCAAGUGUGGCACCAUUAGCAAAUGUGACAACAGUAACACAUGUAACAGGAACUGUUACAUCACUAAAGGGUGUGACACCACUAGUAAAUAGUGGAGUACAAGUAAUUCCUCUCAUUAGUGUAACACCUCCCGAGAGUACACAGCUUCAGACUCCCAGAAAUACAAAUUCAACAGGGGGUUAUGAAAGAUUAGGAAAUUAUGAGCAACAUGUACCGAGAAAUGUUGAAUAUGAGAGGUUAAAUCAAACUUAAAAACAUUGCACGGGUUCUAAGCAGACCUCAUGGUAUUCAUCCUCCUAAGCAGGUAUCCAGAAUCAGUACCUCCUUCUUCCCCCUGCUAUAAGCAAUUUGGAAGCGCCAGAUUAAACUGAAUCCAGUGAGCUAAUUAUGCUAAUUAUCUGUCACAGUGUUGCGACAGCCAAUCAGAUUGCAAGUUCUUAAUUGGGGAAAUGCUAACUGCUUAUCGCAGGGAUUAAAAAGAAAGAAUAUAUUCUUGAUUUUGAAGCCCUGUGAUCGGAGGAUGCAUGGUAUUAUGAUAUCUGGUUAAUACCUGUGAUGUUGUCUUUAUAGUUGCCUAUCUUAAGUGUUCAUGUAAAUAUAUUUUGUAAAUAGCAUUAUUAUAUUUUAUCUAGAUUAUCAUUUAUUUAUCUCAUACGUAUCAUGAGGUUAAAAAACAUUUAAAUUAUAUACAGUUUGUUGUUUUUUGAAAUGAAACCAAGCCUAACCAGGCUUGGGUAAAGAAAACAAAGACCUAAAAUUGUUAAAUUCAUCUACAUGGACUUGUACAAAAUAAUAUUGUAUUGAUGUAUUGACUUUUAAUGAUCCUGUAUUUAGAAUUUUCAAUACACAACAUUUUGAGUUUCAGAGAAUUUUGUACAGCCAGUUCAGGGUGAUCCAAAACUUGAGAAAGUUAUUCCAAAAUAAGAGUCUUCCAUUUUUGGGACACCCUGUUUAAAACAUUCUCUUACAUCUCUGCCAAGUACACUUCCUUUUAAAGUAGUGCAAACUGUUUGUAUAUAUUUUAAUCACUGAAUACGAAUAAAAUGCUUCAGUACAAAAUGUAUAAUGUGCAAUAAAAUGGGAAUAUUUGUAGGUAUUUGAAGAAUUUGAUUAGUAUAUAAACAAUUAUCAAUUUCCUGCUUUAAUUAAAGGCUGUAUAUAACAACAAUAACUAGUCUAUAAAUAUAUAUUCUAAUCUAUUUUUGGACUUGAUGUUGUAAUUUCUGUAUAUAGUGAAAUAUUUUGUACAGAUUUGUCUUGUCUAUAUAUGAUCUCCUAUACAUGUACAGUUCUGUAUGUACUAAUCAAUAUGUGUUAAACUGUACACGUAUCAUCUAUGUGAUCUCCUGUACAUAUGCAGCUUUAUAUGUACCAAUCAACAUGCGUUAACUGUACAUUUAUCAUAAAUAAGUGAUCUGUACAUAUACAGCUUCAUAUGUAUCAAUCAACCUGUGUUAUACUGUAUGUAUCAUCAAUAAUGUGAUCUGUACAUGUACAGCUUCAUAUGUACCAAUUAACAUGUGUUUUACUGUAUGUAUCAUCAAUAAUGUGACCUGUACAUGUACAGCUUUAUAUGUACCAAUUAACAUGUGUUUUACUGUAUGUAUCAUCAAUAAUGUGAUCUGUACAUGUACAGCUUCAUAUGUACCAAUUAACAUGUGUUUUACUGUAUGUAUCAUCAAUAAUGUGAUCUGUACAUGUACAGCUUUAUAUGUACCAAUUAACAUGUGUUUUACUGUAUGUAUCAUCAAUAAUGUGAUCUGUACAUGUACAGCUUUAUAUGUACCAAUUAACAUGUGUUUUACUGUAUGUAUCAUCAAUAAUGUGAUCUGUACAUGUACAGCUUCAUAUGUACCAAUUAACAUGUGUUUUACUGUAUGUAUCAUCAAUAAUGUGAUCUGUACAUGUACAGCUUUAUAUGUACCAAUUAACAUGUGUUUUACUGUAUGUAUCAUCAAUAAUGUGAUCUGUACAUGUACAGCUUCAUAUGUACCAAUUAACAUGUGUUUUACUGUAUGUAUCAUCAAUAAUGUGAUCUGUACAUGUACACCUUUAUAUGUACCAAUCAACAUGUGUUAUACUGUAGAUGUAUCAUAUAUGUGAUCUCCUAGAUACACAGCUUUAUAUGUAACAAUUAACAUAUGAAUUGUGAAUGUUAAGUGCAACAAAUAAAUUAUUAAAUAAUGAAUACAUGAUUCUGUUUCCUGCCUCAUACCCUAACUGUAGUAUAUAGAUGAGGAACACUGAGUUCUCAAUA